AUGACCAUCUCUGCUGCGGUUGCAGGCGGGAAACCAGGCAUGAAACUGGCUGGUAUAGAUAAGACUCAGUCUAUCCGUGAAGAGCAAGAAGUAGCCGAGGUCAUCGAGGUUUGGAAGAAGCAAGUCGGUAGGCUACGGGGCGUUGUCGCGGCAAUGAACAGUGCUCAUCAUGAGAACCUCAAGAUUCCCGAGCUUGCUACAAACAUGGCUGUCACCGUGGCAAAGAAUGUACCAACCGCCCCAAAAGCAUGCGUUGUCUGCGGACUGAAGCGAGAUGAACGGGUCGCCAAGGUGGACUAUGAAGUCGAAGACAGUUUCGGUGAGUGGUGGAUCGAGUUCUGGGGGCAUAGGCAGUGUGCCAACUUCUGGGUGGAGCACGAAAAGGAGCUGCGGCAGAGGUAA